UGAAAUACCACGUGCUCGGAUUUGUGCAUGGGAUUUAAAACACAUGAGAAUUCCGAAGUUUUCAACAGAGCAUAACAUUUGAAGUUACCACUGAACGAGUUCAAUUUUCAACAUGGGGAGGAAGAAAGAUCUGAACGAGCUGGGUAAACGUGGUCCUGGCAGAAAAUCGAAGAAACAAGGGGCGCCAGAGAUGCCACAAUAUCUCAAAAGUCAAGAUGAUGAAUCUGAGAAACGACUUGGCCGUAGAUCGCGACAAAGAGUUGUCAAGAGGGUCCAGCAACAACGUCAGCAAUUGAACAAACAAAAAGAACAGCAGCAAAAACAGCAGCAGCAAAAACAGCAGCAGCAAGAACAGAAGAAAACAAAAGUGGAGAAGGCAACGCCAGGCAGCGCCAGAAAGAAACCUGUGACCGAGAUGGACAGUGACGGAGAGGGAAGUGACGGGGGAUGGAGCGAUGAUGGAGAGUGGCUAGAUGAUGAGGUAGAAGAAGGCGAAGAGGAGGAAAGCGAAGAGGGGAGUGAGAAGGAAUCAGAUGAAGAAGAUAUUGAGUAUGAUUUUGACGACGAUGAUGAUGAUGAUGACGACGAUGAUGAAGAAGACAUUGAAGAAGGAGAAAGUGAUGAAGAGGAAUUUGCCGACAGCGACGACAUGGAAGAGAUUGCCGCCAAAGGCUUCAUCAAUGACAACAAAGAGCGGUUGACUCCUGCAUCCUCCAAAAAACCCAAGGCUACUCCAAAGACGAAGAAAGCUCCUUUGAAUCUUCUGGAGGGAGACAGUGAUGCCUCAAGUGAAGAUGACGAUGCUGCUAAAGGCUACACUGAUGAUAACAAAGAGUGGUUGACUCCUGCAUCCACCAAAAAAGCCAAGGGUACGCCCAAGAUGAAGAAAGCUCCUUUGGAUCUUCUGGAGGGAGACAGCGAUGAAGACGAAGAAAAUGAGGAAGUUGAAGAGGAAGAUGAUGACAGCUAUGAUGAAGCUGAUAGUGAAGAUGACUCUGAUGAUGAAAUGCCUGCUGAUGACUUUGGACCGAUGGGAUCUGAUUCUGAUUCUGAUUCUGAUGAAGACGACAGUGAUGAGGCAGAAGACGACCAAGAUGACAGUGACUUGCUCCCCAUUGAGAAGGCCUCCAAGAAGCUGGACAAGAAGAUCAAGAAACAAAAGAAACUAGCUGAGGCUGAGCUGAGAGCAAACACGGCACUCUACGACAUGUUUCACCUGCCAACAGAUGAAGAACUGGAAUUAGAAAGUAGUCGACCUCUUGAUAUGAGUCAGGUGCACCAGAGGAUGAAGGAAGUCAUGGAGGUGCUGGGAGACUUCAAGACGAGAAGGGAACCAGACAGAUCCCGUGUUGAGUAUAUCUCCGUCCUGCGGCAGGAUCUAAUGACGUACUACAGCUACAAUGAAUAUCUCCUGGACAAGAUUAUGGACAUCUUCCCCAUGACUGAGCUGAUUGAGUUUCUUGAAGCGAAUGAGGUCCAGCGUCCAGUCACGAUACGAACCAAUACUCUGAAGACAAGAAGAAGAGAUCUGGCACAGGCACUGAUCAACAGGGGCGUGAACCUUGACCCCCUAGCCAAGUGGUCAAAGGUCGGACUGGUCAUCUUCGAUUCAUCUGUUCCAAUUGGUGCGACGCCAGAGUAUCUAGCGGGUCACUACAUGCUGCAGGGUGCGUCCAGCUUCCUUCCAGUCAUGGCCCUAGCUCCCCAAGAAAAGGAGAAAAUCCUGGACAUGUGUUCCGCGCCUGGCGGCAAAACAACCUACAUUGCCUCUCUGAUGAAGAACACCGGUCUACUGUUUGCCAACGAUGCCAAUAAGGACCGCGUGAAGGCGGUGGUGGGUAACAUCCACAGAUGUGGCAUCACUAACACCGUGGUGUCUAAUGAAGACGGCAGGUCAUUUCCCAAGAUCAUUGGUGGCUUUGACCGUGUCCUACUAGAUGCUCCUUGCAGCGGGACGGGCGUCAUCUCCAAGGACGAGGCGGUCAAGUCAAGCAAGGACCACCUGGACAUCCAGAGGUGUGCCCAUCUCCAGAAGCAGCUGAUUCUAGCAGCCAUUGACUCAGUGGAUGCUAAGUCAUCGACCGGGGGCUACAUUGUCUUCUCAACAUGCUCCAUAUUGGUUGAGGAGAAUGAGUGCGUAGUGGACUAUGCUUUGAAGAAACGUUCUGUCAAGGUGGUACCCACUGGUUUGGACUUUGGCAAAGAGGGCUUCACAAGGAUCAGGGAGAGACAUUUCCAUCCGUCACUGAAGCUGACCCGUCGAUUCUACCCACACACCCACAACAUGGACGGAUUCUUUGUGGCCAAACUGAAGAAAUACUCCAACAAGAUUCCAGACAAACAGGAUGCAAAUGAGGAGGAAACUGAAGAGCAACCUGGGAAAGAAACAGCCAAUGGAGACAAAGAAGAGGCUGUUGAAAAUCCAGAGGAAGCAGAGCCAGCAACACCCGAGCCAGAAAUCAAAGUGCAGCAUACACCAGGGCAUAAAAAGAGCAGGUUUUUCGCCCGCCGGAAACGGAAGGGCCCGGGCAGUGGGGGAGCCGGAAAUAAGGAAAACCUCAACGGCAAGAGAAACAAAAAGUCAAAAGGAGGGGCAGGAGAUUCUGGGGGAAAGUCGGACUCAACGGCAAGCACGUCUCCGGCAGUCAAGGAGAAGAAAGGGAAGAAAAAGACUCAAUCGCCCAAGGGUGUUACUCCAAAACCCCCAGGUGCUAGGGACAAAAUAACUGGACAAAAGAAGAAACGAGGCAGUGAUGGUACGGGGGCGUCAGCCGGCGGCAAGAGAAAAAGAAAAGAUGUUAAUUGAUCCGUUUGAGAUUAGACUCUUUGUACCCACUUUAUAACAAUGGGUGUACAAAUGGAGGGUAUAACUAGGCUAAGGUGUAGGGAGGGGUGUAACUGGGGAGCUUGAAAGUUCUGGGGAUCUUAGAUCAGUUUGUUCUGUGAGAGAUCUCAGUCUUUUAUGAGGGAUCUGAAUCAUCAACAUGAACUUACAAAACCUUGAAUCAGAUCUUGCAAAUCUCACUUUAAUACCUCUCGCUCUUGACACCGGUGAAUGGCAAAACCUAGUAUUGAAUUUUUCAUUUCCAGAGCCGAAAAUGUCUAUCACACUAGCCCAAUUUAUAGGGACAUACUUUAGGAAGAGGAAUGCCCAUUGAACCUCUGGAUCGAGUGCUGCAGUAAUAUUGACUUUAUAAUAUGAGAUUAUUUUUUGGAUUGUCUGAUACGUGGAUAAUUUUCCUUCAUUUUAUAAAAAAAAAAUAUUAAAAGAAAAUGGCAGUUUCAGCCCUGGCGUAUUAUUAACUAGUCUUCAAGUAAAAAAAAUAACUUCCGAUAUUGAACAUGUUUACAAUAUUCCAGCAUUAAACUGGGUCUACUGUUGGAUUUUUCCAUAUUGAAAUAUUGCUUGAGAGCUCUUCGCUUUUGCAGGAUACAUGGUAUUGUUUCAUUUUAAGAUCAAAUAAUUUUUUUUUUGGGGGGGGGGGGAGCGGGGGACAGAAAUGCAACCUACAAAUGAGAAUCUAUGUGAUGCUUAAACCCUAAAACAUUUCCAUGUUUUAUCAGUUUGUACAAGAUAAUUAUGUUACUCAUUCUUUCCUUUGAGACAUUUUCUUUUAGUUUUAUUUAAAAUAUAACAUCUGCAAAACUAAUGUCAAUUUUAUCAAGUUUCACUAUUUUAAGUCGGCUUUGUUUAUCUCACAUGUCACUCGAUUUGAAAUUCAGUUUGUAAAUAUAUGCAGAUUUGAGUUUUAUAGAUAUUUCCAUUUUUGGGGAUAAUUGGACAGUUCGAUUUUACUCUCUUUUCCCAUGAUAAUUACAACUUUUAUUUUUGAUUAUAAUCAAUUCCAUUAUGUGCACUUGCAUUGUCGUUCAUUUUUUAAUACUCCAAUAAACCAAUACAAUGCAUGGAUUGUAUUUAUUAUGGCA